GACGAAAGAAGUUUCCGAGCUCAUCAAGCGGAAAGAAAAGAUCAGCAUCCAUCGUGAGCCAUUGCUGUGUGAAGAUACACGCUCGCAGACAUGUCCCUCUCCCCCUCCUCCUCCUCAGGCUCACCAAGCCUCCACGCCCGGAUGGAUCCUUCCUCCCUCGCAGCAAAGCCGCACAAUCUCUCAACGAGCCCGCCACCACCAGGCUCGCCCAUGCCACCAGCUGCCUCCUUAGCCUCAAGAGCAGAGGAAGCGUCAACCCCAUCAGCCUCCUCUCCAUCAACAGCAGCCCAGGCCUUCGCAGCUUCUUCAUCAUCUCAGCCCGCACCGCCACCCGAGGUAGAAGCCACUCUCUCCAAGCUCACAUCUCACAAGAACGUCACCGGCUGCCUGAUCCUCAGUCGUCCAGACGCCCUCAUCAUCCGCGCUGGUGGGAGAGACUUUGAGCCGUCCGGGCCUGGUGCACACGAUCGCAGUGAGAGGCUGAGAAGGAUCGUCAAGCUAGUGCGACAAAGCAUGGAUACGCUCUCCGCUGGUGUGGGAGGGGUGGACGAAGGAGAUGAGGUCGGGUUUGUGAGGAUCCGGACGAAGAGGUACGAGAUGAUGAUCAGCCCGAGCGACAAGUACUUGCUCGUCGUGCUGCAGGAUCCGACGAUUGCGCCGUGAGCCGUGACAGAAGGAAGAGGGAUCAAUCCUCUCUGUGACUCUAUCACUACUUCACCGAUGCAAUCGUCUGUACUACCCCAUCUCUGCUUCGCAAUCCGACCACUGUUGCAGAUCGCGUCUGUUCUCCCCCUCGUUCUCAUCUGCCCCGGACGUGGGG